ACGGCACUGUUUAGUCUUUUUCUUACUUACGGAAGAACAACCAUGAUUCCAUUAUGACAAGCGAAAGCAGUGUCGAGCUUAGCCACUGUUGACGCAAGCUACCUAGCUUGAAUGCUGUCACAUGACUUUUGUUCCUUUUAACCUUUUUACAUCAACCUACAGUUGUUAUUUAGGAAUGUAAAUGUCUCAGGACAAGGCAGACCAGGAGGAUGAGCUACUUGCUUUAGCAAGUAUUUAUGAAGAGGAGUUCCAUCGGGCAGACUGUACUCAAGGGGGUGAGAUCCAGCUCUGUGUGAAGCUCCCUCCUGAUUUUAAAGUUGUUGUCAAAGGAGAGACACAAACAGAAUGUAAAAUCAGCUUCCUGCCUCCUUUGGUUCUCAAUUUUGAGCUUCCUGCAGACUACCCAUCCACAAAUCCACCAAUAUUCACACUCAGCUCUAAAUGGAUGACCAGAGGACAGAUGAGCUCUCUGUGCAGACGACUGGACGAACUAUGGGAGGAGAACCAAGGCUGCGUUGUUCUUUUCAUGUGGAUUCAGUUCCUCAGCGAGGAGGCUCUGGACUUCCUGGGCAUCCAGUCUCCUCUCUUGGUCUUCAGGGAAGGAAGUAAGGCGAGUGGAGAGCGCAUCAGGAAAACUGACCAUGCAGCUACAAAUGUGACACAUGUCGGAAGCCUUUGUGAAAACUCAGAGAUGAAAAGAGAGCUGAAGAGGAAAAAGUCUGAGCAGCAACCCUCAGCGUCCUGCCCCCUGGACCCGCGGGCCAUCGUGUCGGUGGACAUGCGCAUGGACCUCCUACCUCAGCUGCUGGACUUUGACGAGGCGCAGCGUCAGAGGCUGUUCGACUGCACCAUGUUCUGCUGCGGGAUAUGCUUUGUGGAGAAACGGGGCGCCGACUGCAUCCGCUUCAAGGAGUGCCAGCAUGUCUACUGCAAAGCCUGCAUGACGGAAUACUUCCAGAUCCAAAUACGUGACGGCAAUGUACAGUGCCUUAAUUGCCCCGAGCCCAAGUGCACAUCAGUAGCCACACCUAUGCAGGUUAAGCAGCUAGUGGAUGAGGAGCUGUUUGCUCGCUACGACCGUCUGCUGCUUCAAUCCAGUCUGGACCUCAUGGCGGAUGUUGUCUACUGUCCCCGACACUCCUGUGGUACGGCAGUGAUGGUGGAGCCAGACACCACCAUGGGCAUCUGCUCUGCCUGCCAGUAUGCUUUUUGUACACUGUGCAAGAUGGGCUACCACGGGGUGUCCCACUGUAAGAUCCCUGCAGAGGAACUGCGAAACCUCAGAGACGAGUACCUGUCUGCCACCGCGGAGGGCAAAAAGUUUAUGGAGCAACGCUUUGGGAAGAGAGUAAUCCAGAAGGCCGUGGAGGAGUCCUUCAGCAGGGACUGGCUGAACGAGAACUGCAAAUGCUGCCCUCACUGCGGCACCAACAUACAGAAGGUGGACGGCUGUAACAAAAUGACGUGUACCUCGUGUCGCCAUUACUUCUGUUGGCUGUGUCUGGGCCUCCUCAACAAAGCCAACCCGUACAGUCACUUUAACAACCCACAUUCGCCCUGCUAUAACCAACUUUUCCAUGGUGUGGAUCUGGAUGAUGACGAUGCCUUAUCGAGUGAUGAAGAGGACUGAAGUUCUGCUUUCUGGUCCGCCUCAAUGCACUUUAUCUCACAACGCAGUCUAUUUUUCAUCACUGACUGUCACCUAUGCAUCAUGCAGCAACGCCGCAAUGACAUCACAGUCAGGCCUCAUUAUGUACACUCAUAGGCCGCUUUAUUCGGUCCACUUGCGUAUAGAUUUAUAAAGAUAAGAAUGCUCCGUUUUUCAUUCAAAUGAUGCGUCACUGUUAGCUUUAUCAACCACAUUAUUGCGGAAACCCACGUGUACCUGGGCCCCCUAGAGACAAAGGGAGGCAUGACAUUACAGCUCAAUUCACUAAAUUGCACACAAUUAAAACAUCUAAAAUUACAGAAACAUUGAAAUAAAAAAUUGUAUUUAAUCAUAUAAGUAAAAUAAUCGAGCUAAUACAGUGAAAAUAAAAUCAUUCAAAUUAUCAAUUCGAAAUCCUUUGAGGUAUAAGUCUAAUCAUAACAAAAAAAAAAUAAAAAAUGUGCGAACUGAUAUAGUUGUGGCAGUUAUUCAUGAAUCUAAUGUUUUCCUUACCCAUUUGGCACCGUACGUGUACCUAACAAAGCGGUUGGUAUCCAGAUUUGACAGAUGGGCAAGUGUAAAAGUAUGCGCUACAAUGGGCACGUUUAGUCCACGAGAGAUGGUGUGACACUUAAAAAUCAUUGUGUGCGAAAGUAAGUUUGAUUAGAAUAAUUAUGACCUCAGUGAUCAGAAUUUAUGCAUAAUUUCUGGAAUAAUUAUUCGAACGUUACACUUGAUUUUGAAAGUUUUUAAGCUUAUGUGUUAAAAUUGUUCAAAGAAAAUCAUGGAUGGGGUUCCUCAGGGUCUGCGGUUUUGUUGUGUAACAAUGCCAAAAGCUACAAUCCAAAGAGGAGCCAUAGAAUUAUUAUCAUUUACAAAACACUAUUUUUGUAAACUGUUUUUAUUUGACUAGAAGAAAGUACCUUUUUUGUGACCAUGAGGCUACGGCAAGAGUUGUUCAUUCAAAUGCACGAAGAUCACCUAUCUUGUCGUCACAAGAUGCUUCAAAAUAAACGUUCCCACCUGCCAUUCAAA